UACCGUUUUAGAACUCUGAAAAUGUUUUUGCUCUAUUUGACACUGAAAUGAUAUUUUGCAAUGCUCUUUACUGGACAGACCGUCCCUUUCUGCCAAAACCUUUACCGGAAUUCCUUCACUUAUCACUGCCUUCAAGAUGACAAGACUUUGCAGUUUGAUGAUGCAAUCCAGUUUCUAGAACAGUGCGAGAGGGAUAAAACACGAGUUCUUGUCCAUUGCAUGUCAGGGAAGAGUAGGUCAGCUGCAUUUGUGAUAGCCUUCUUGAUGAAGUCCAGAGGCUGGCGACUUGCACAGUGUUAUCAAUGGGUGAAAGAACGAAGACCACAAGUUCAACUGGCUGAUGCGGCACAGCAGCAGUUGAUUGAGUAUGAGCAGAAACUUUUCGGCUCCAAUGUUGGUGUGGCAGCUCAAUCUUUUGCUCCAACAGAUUCUACUUUCCCUUCACUUGGAUUUGGUUUCCCAAAACCAACAGGUGACAUCCAGUUGCCUACCUUCAAUCAGCAGACUCCAGCCUCCAUCUUUGAGCGGGUCAGCUCGAACAACAUCCCAAGUAAUUUCACAUUUGGAGCUGAAAAAGUUUCCGAAGUGAAGCUUCCAGACAGUGGUAAUGUCGGUGUGGCCAACUUGUCCGGGAGUGAAAGCAUGAUGGACAGCUCCUAGGUCGCUUUUUAAACAAUAUAAAUGUAUCAAUCGAUGCAUCAAGUCAUGUUUCUUGGGAUAGUUUAGAUUUCUAGGUAGAAAGGUUGUAAAUUUUUGUAAUGAUUUCUACACUAUGUGCAAGUGUUUCGUCCAUUGAUACGAUCUACACUUUAAGAGGUCUCAUAUGUGCUUCUAUUCAACUUCUGUAUCGUAAUUCACAUGGAACUGAAGUUAUGCUGGAAAA